UGAGAAACUUCAUAAGCCAAGGAGGGAGCUACAGAGAACAUCAAGGCCAAAUCCAAACUAUUGCAAGACAUAGAGGCCCAUUUCUGACCAGUCUCUCGUGUCUGGGAAGUGGUAGCAGCAGUCCCUGAGUGGCGUCCUUUCUUGGAACAGAUGUCAGGAGAAAGCAACUGCAAGGUAAAACACAGAUCCCACCACCCUUCCAAGAACUUGAACGAGCGCGAGGCACAAGAGCACUCCAAUUCCUGGUCUCUGGAAAUGCUGUUACGCAGACUGAAGGCCACAGAAGCCAACCAGGAUGACAAGUUUGCCCACGUCCUGGAUGCGGUGGGGGAGUUCGGCACAUUCCAGCGGAGACUGGUGGUCCUCACCUUCAUCCCCAACAUCCUGUUGGCCUUCUUUAUCUCUGCCGACGUCUUCGUGUUCACAGCCCAGAAGCCCUAUUGUAAUACCAGCUGGAUCCUAGCAGUGGGCCGCAACCUCACAGAGGCUGAGCAGAUGAACCUGACCCUGCCCCGAGAACCCAAUGGAAGUUUCCAGACGUGCCUCAUGUACUUGCCCGUAGCCUGGGACCUGGAUUCUAUCAUCCAGUUUGGCCUCAACCACACAGAGUCAUGCCAAGAUGGGUGGAUCUACCCUGACGCCAAGAAGCGAUCACUGGUCAAUGAGUUUGACUUGGUGUGUGGCAAGGAGCAGAACUCGGAAAGCAUGCAGACCAUGUUCGCCGCGGGCGUCCUGACCGGGUCCCUCAUCUUCGGACUCAUGAGUGACAAGCUGGGCCGCUACCCCACCAUCCUGAUGUCGCUGCUGGGGCUGAUCAUCUUCGGCUUCGGGACAGCCUUCGUCAACACCUUUCACCAGUACCUGUUCUUCCGCUUCGGCGUGUCCCAGGCCUUGGUGGGCUACACCAUCAGCAGCAUGUCUUUAGCCACUGAGUGGCUAGUGGCUGAGCACCGGUCCCAUGCCAUCAUCCUGGAACACUGCUUUUUCUCUGUGGGACUCGUGUUCCUGACAGGGCUUGCCAACAGCCUUCCUCACUGGCGGCUGCUGUUUCUGGUGGGUGGCGCACCCGUGUUCCCCCUCAUCUUCUAUAUCUGGAUCCUGCCGGAGUCCCCACGGUGGCUGUUGAUGAACGGGAAGUUGGAGGAAGCGAGGCAGAUGCUGUGCCACGCGGCUGGCGUGAACAAGAAGACCAUUCCCCCAAGUCUGCUGGACGAGCUCCAGCUGCCCAGAAAGAAGGUGACUAAGGCGUCUGUCCUGGACUUCUAUAACAAUAGGCACCUCCGAAAGGUGACCCUGGUGAUGGGCUGUGUGUGGUUUACUGUCAGUUACAGCUAUUUUACGCUGUGCUUCAAGUUGAAGGAUUUUGCCAUGAACAUCCACUUCAGACAAGUGAUUCCUGGCCUCACGGAGGUGCCCGCCCGGCUGUGCUGCAUCUUUCUCCUCGAGCAGAUCGGGAGGAAGUGGAGCCUGGUGAGCCUCUUCCAAGGCACCCUGAUGUGCCUGCUUAUCCUUAUCCUCCCCCCAGAGCUGAAAUCCAUAAUGGUCUUGAUGGUCGCGCUUGGAGAGUUCAGCCUGGCGGCCUCGGUCACCGUGUUCUUCAUCUACACCGCUGAGCUCCUGCCCACGGUCCUCAGGGCGACAGGUCUGGGGCUGGUGUCCCUGGCCUGGGCAGCCGGAGCCAUCUCGUCCCUGAUGAUCAUCAGCCAGAGACUCACCCUCCUCCCCAUCCUGGCCUUGUUCUUCUGCUCCCUGUUGCCAGAAACGCAGGACCAGCCUCUCCCUGACAUCCUGGGGCACUACCCCCUACAGACAAGGAACAUGGCUGAGGAACUGCUCGCCAAGGAAGUGGCACCCGAAGGUGGGACUGGGGACGCGGUGAGGAACACGGUUCUCGAUUCCACGAUGCUGAAACUGGACUCCGACAUUCUCUCCCACACACCUGUGCCGGGCAGAGCAGGGGACACAGACCCACGGAAUGACUGAGGUCCAGGCCCCCAGACGAUCUCGACCGGAGCCGAGUGGCUGGGUAUGGGGCCGUGGACUCCAGGCCACGAACUCCAGGGGCCCAGUCCAGCUCGGGGGGCAGGGCAGUCCUGCUCCAAGGCCAGCCCUCGAGCCCCGAAAAUGGUCCCUCCUGGGUGAGCUAGGGUGUGAUUCAUGGCAAUAAAUGUGCCGUGGUUGGACUUGAGAUGGCUUGGUCACAAUUGGCUGUGUCUGGAGAGCCCAGAGCCCCAGGCCCAGAGGAAGCUGGGUCAGACAGGCUUCUCAGAGUCCUUCAUGUCCUUAGCUAGCCCUUGGGGAGAGUGAGGAGCUGUCUGGAUGGGGGGCUCGAGGGGCUGUGUCUAAGAGGGCUGGGAGUGGGUCAGGCCAGGACCGUGCGCCCAUGCCACCCGCGUCCUCUAGCCCAGGCGUCUGCUAGCUGGGGCAGGCUGAGAUAGAUUUCAGCUCUGCCUAAAAGGAGGUGUGCACGUGUCGGGGAAUAAUGACUCCUUUUCCCAUUUGCACGGCGCUUUCUCGCUCAGUUUUCCCUCUGACACUCACAGAUAAGCACGGUCUCGGGGACUACCUAAACCACAUCCUUGGGUAUUCCUUCCCUGAUGACUGCAGCCUGGCUGACCUCUGACCUCCGCCUCCCUGAGGAUAAGCCCCCACAUCCAGCUUACAGUCCCAACUACCCUGAGGGUGAGUCUGCCCUUCCCAGCCAGUGUGAGAGCUUCUCUAGACUGGAGAAGGCCCAGAGCUCCUCAUCCGUUAGCCAGACUCAGAAACCUUUGGGUCGGGCCAUGGGCCGCACAUGCUUUCUCCCUGGGAGGGCAGGGCCUGGCUCUUCUCUUUCUCUGCCCCCUUAAUUGGAAGAUCAUCAGCUAGGGACGCC